AUGAUAAGCUGUUUGCUGAGGCAUCCGCCCCGCCUGAGAGAAAAAUUGGCCGCUAUCAGGAGGCAUCUCAAUACUUUGGGUUUCAGGGGGAACAGAGUGAUUUUGUUCGGCAAAAAAAGUUGUCCACUGCUCCAUAAGCUGACGCCGUUGUUGCUGGGGAUACUGGGUCCGAGUAUCGAUGCUGGAAAUAUGGCCGCUCGGGGCGGAGGAAGCCAGCAACUGGGCUUCCAUUCCAGCUACCAUCGCCACGGUGGUUGUGUGACUCUUCAACAGACCUUCACCUGCAAGCUAACACCUAUAUUUCCCACAUAG